AUGUUAUGUGCUACUUUUGUGGAUUGCCUGUUCUCUGUAAAACGGACGUCGGCUUCUGCUUUCUCAUGUUUGGUUGAUUGCAUGGUGUGUUCUCUUGCUACCCCUGAAGUUGGGCUUUUCUGUGAGAACCAAGUGGAUCUCCCUGUAUCUGUCAGCCAAGUGAUAGAUGGUUCCACUCUAAGAACGGAAGAAAGACAAAGACUGGCCAGGGAGCGUAGAGAAGAGCGGGAAAAGCAACAUGCUGCCAAAGAGACACAAAUCCUUGAAAAGGAGAGAAAAGCAAAACUCCAGUAUGAAAAACAGUUAGAAGAAAGGCAGAGGAAGCUAAAAGAACAGAAGCAGAAAGAGGAACAACGGAGGGCAGCAGUAGAAGAAAAGAGAAAACAAAAAAUAGAGGAGGAAAAGGAGCGAUAUGAAGCGGUUAUGCAUCGUACCUUGGAACGGAAUCAGCGACUGGAAACACGGCAGAAGAGAUGGUCAUGGGGGGGAUCUGUAACUCCAGAUUCAGAGAGCAAAACAGAACAACAGACCACAGAUGAAGGUGGAGCUGGUGCCGGCAAGCGGUCCACCUCCACAGCAAACCUCAAACAGACAGAAGCUGUCAUGAAUAAACGGUUGUCAUCAUCUGCAGCGCUUUUAAAUGCUUCUGAUCGAAGUACCACAAAGAGAAGUGCCUCAUUAAACAGACUGAAUAACAAAGUUCCUCUACAUUCUCAGCAGUCAGCACUCAAAGGUUCGCAGGUGGAACAGAAAGGAGGAACAGAAAAGAAGAGGAGCACAUCUUUGAAUAGAAUGAGUAGUAAACCCCAAUCCUCUCCAGAACUAGAAAAAGUGAAAAAGGAAGAAAAAACAGCUCGUCGUUCCCAGCUCAGUCCUCUGGACAGUAGCGUAAUCAGUCGCCUCCUCGCCCCCACGCAGGCCUCCUUAGCUAGGAGUAAAAGUGCUGCUACAUUAUCGGCUGAUGGACAAGAUCCCUCAGAAUCUCACCUCUGUCCUCGUUCAGCUUCAGCCAGUUCCAUCAAUUCCCCAGUCCCAGCUCCUAAAGUGCCCGUGCGCAGUCGUAGCAUCGACAGAUUGAAGUCCUCUGUAUCUUCAUCUGAUGCAAGUUCACCAGAUUCAACCCAGAAAUCCGAAACAGAAAAACCAUCCCCAGCUUCUGGUUUAAGACGCCCUCCCUCGCCAUCUGUGUCUGCCCGUAGAAGAUCCCCUUCUCCUGCUAAUUUGGUGAAGCGUCCUCCAUCACCUUCUACAGUUAGACAAAAGACUCGCCCACCUUCACCUAGUGUGUCAAAACAAAGGCCACCAUCUCCUACUCCAGUCUCUAAACCGGCACCCAUCCAACGUCCACCUCUUACGCCUGGUGUCAUAAACAUUACCAAAAAGAAAACUGAAGCAGAUAGCAAACCAAAGGAUAAGAGCACAGAAGGAACAGGACAAGAGCAAGGUGCUUCACCAGCCUUGGACAGGGAUGUGGUAGCAGCUAGCACAAAAACCAAAGAAGAAUCAGGUAGCAAAACAGUAGCAGGGACCACCACAGCUGAAGAAGCUGCUAAAAUCUUGGCAGAGAAACGGCGUCUAGCACGGGAGCAAAGAGAGCGUGAAGACCAAGAAAGAAUUCAGAGACUGGAAGAGGAAAGAAUCAAAGAAGAAGAAAUGGCCAAGAGAGCAAUUGAGGAAAAAGCACGAUGGGAGGAGGAGCUCCGCAAGCAGGAGGAAGAAAAGAGACUGGCUUAUGAAGAACAACAAAGACAAGCUGAAGAGGAGAGGAUCCGCCGAGAACAGGAAGAGCAGGAAAAACUUGCAGAGCUUCAACACCAGAGAGAAGAAGCUGAAGCAAAAGCUCAAGAAGAGGCUGAAAGACAGAGGCUGGAAAGAGAGAGAAUUAUGCAACAAAAUAUGCAGGAAAGGCUUGAAAGAAAAAAGAGAAUUGAAGAAAUAAUGAAAAGAACACGAAAAUCGGAUCAAAACGAACCCAAGUUGCAGAAUGAAGGGAAGUCUGCCUCUGAGGUUAUGGAGGGAGAGGAUAUUGAAGAGGAGGAAGAGUUGGGGCUUGAGAAGACUGAUCAACCAGGAAAGCUAAAUGGCCUUGACUUAGCCCAGGAAGUCAAGGGGGAGGCAGAGGGUUGUUUAGAGACUAUGCAUAGCUUGAUCUCUGCAGAAUCUGAGGAACAAGAUGUGUCGGAGCUGAAGGCCGGUGAAGUGUUUAUGAAUGGAGGCGAUUUGAAAAGUGAUGAGGGGUCUCUACUUGUCGCUGAAUUAAAGGACUGCAGCCAUCCUGCAAAAGAAGUGGUUAUCGACGACUCAGUGAAGUUGGGUGUUAACGAAGCUGAUCAUACAAUUGGACUUAUUCAGAAUCUUAAUGGAAAAUCUGGUUCGUGGACUUUUGAGGAGUUUAUUGACGUUGGAGUACAUUCCAAGUCAACCAAACUGAGUUCUGACAGCAUCUCUGCUGGUAACUGUAAUCAAAACUUGAAUGAUGCUGCUACAAUACCUCCUAGUCCCAAAUUGGCUUUUGAGGAAGAUGGUGCAGUGAAUUCAUUGACCAAACCUAUAGAUGCUUCAUCAGGUAACCCAAGCUGA